AUCGGAGUCAGUCCUCGAAAAAGAAAUGGAUCGAGUCAGGUCUACCUUCUUAUCUACGAAAGGGGUAGGCCGCUAGCUGCAUCUAUCUCAAUAGCACUCUCAUAGCCAUUGCCCUUUCAUGUGCUUGACAAAGAGAAGCAGGGAGAGAUCAAGAGGGAAAAGGCAAGAAUUGAAUAAAGAGUGCAAGAUGGAGGAGAUGAGAUUUGUGCUCCAACUAAUGAUGAAGUGAUUCCUCUGCUUCCCUUGUCGUUCAGUAUUUUUGGAGGCCGUUCCACGGCCUCGCCGGCGCAGAGGGACAAGAUGGUGAAUUAUAACAAGGUGAUUGAAACAGCUGCGGGGGGCAACCUGGGAUUACUCGUCACGAAGCUCGCCUCGCUGACGCUCGACAAGUUCUCUGAACUGAAGGCGAUCUCCGGCAACAUCGACCUCCUGAAAGAAGAGGUGGAGAUCCUCCACGCCGUACUUCUCGAUCUGUCGAACGAGGAGGAUCCUAGCCACCAACAGAAGGUGUGGAAGAACAAGGUCAUGGAGCUGUCCUACGACAUGGAGGAUGCCAUCGACGAGUUCGACCUGGCGUCGACAAAGAGUCAUGCCAUCCAGGAAGCCGGGGCGUCAAAUUUCAUCGAACGCGCUGUUCAGUCCGUUCAAAGUUGCAUUGAACGAAUCAAAAAAUUGCCAUCUGAUUACGUGAUCAACCAGAAGAUCCAGUCCCUCAGGAGUCGUAUCGACCUGUCGGAGGAGAGGCACAAGGGACUGAAGACGGGGAGGCAAAGUGAAGGUACAAGCAAUGAUGCCAUUGCUAUCCGAGAUCUUGCUCAAUAUGCAGAUCCGGCUGGCCUCGUCGGUAUUGAUGCUCCAAGAGAAGACAUAUUCCGCAUGCUCACUCAGGGUCAGGGUAACGGGAGUAGCACCCAGCGCAGGGUAGUGGCCAUUGUUGGACUUGGAGGCCUUGGAAAGACUACUCUUGCGCAACAGGUUUAUGACAAAAUUGCUGCUGAGGGCUUUACGUGCAAGACGUUUGUGACCGUAUCAAGAAACCCAGAUAUCCACAAGAUUCUGAUAGAUAUAAUGGUGGGUUUCAAGUCAUCGGACAAGCGGGAAGAUUUGAGACAGCUAGAUCGACAGCAACUCACAGAAAAGGUUAGGGAAUACAUCCAAGAAAAGAGGUUUUCUUUGCAAAUAGCUUCACCUAAAAGUCACAGAAUUUGAAGAUCAUGACUUCAAACCUGCGCGCAGAGCCGUUUCAUAUGCUAAUAUUUGGUAGACUUCAAACCUGUGUUUAGUUCGCGAAAAAGUUUGGAUUUUGAUACUUUAGCAGUUUCAUUGUUAUUUAAUAAUUAAUGUUCAAUCAUGGACUAAUUAGGCUUACAAAAUUCGUCUCGUAUGAAAUAGUUAAACUGUAUAAUUAAUUAUUUUUUAAUUACUUUUAAUGCUCCAUAUAUGUGUCUGAAUAACUAGAGCCCUACAAUAAGCCCUCCAAAGAAGGACGUCCCCCACAGUUCCACUUUAGCUAGCUCAUAGGUAGGGUUGAAAUGAGUUUAAUAGGUUGGGUUUGGAUGCACUUUGGAUGGAUAGGAAUGCUGAUUUAUCUAGCGGGUUGGGCUGGGUUCAGUUCAAUGCCGAAUUGGGUUGGAUGGGAUGGGACUGGCUUUUUUUUUUUGUGUGUGCUUGAAUGGGUUGAACCCAUGAUUGAUGUUGGAUUUUCUGUAUAUUGUAGUAUACAUAUAUAUUGGUUUGAUACGGGUUUAGUCACUGAGUGUAACGUAUAUUUAUAUUAGCAAGUAUCGUCCGUUCUCAACUGACGUACUGAUCGAGACAAACACCAGUAAUCUUACACAAAGGUGAGUACAAACGGUACAAACAUGAUAGAGUUCAAUAUAAUAAUUUUACAGACCAAAGUAUGGUACAUAAAGUUUACAAACCGAGUUCAAAUACCUAAAUACAUUACAAGUUCAACUGCAGUUAAAUAAAAGUCUGAUAGGAGAAAACACGACAACUAUGAUACAUGAAGCGCAGCGACGAAUCACACAUUCAGCCCACGGGUGUGUAAUUCAGUAAUAAGCAAGGACUAAGCGUCUGGUGCGGCAAUUUCCCAACCAUCCACAUCAAGGCCGACGAACUUUGUGCUGCAAGUACAGAAAAUAAUCUAUAUUUGUGGGGCUGAAAUAAAUGUUACAACAAACCCUGAGCAACUAAUACUAAGCAAGACUUACCCAACUAGUGGUAUAUACUUAGCCAACUCCUAGUAUGCAAGGAUUUUGGCUCUGGGGAUUGUUUUGCUAGGAAGCUUCUAACAAUAAAUCUUUACUUUUAAUAUUUUAGCUCAAAAUUCUAUGUAGAUUAAUAAUCAACCAUAUUCGCAGAACGAUUAGAGAAAAUAUGGUAGAGCAAAUAUUCAUAAUUCAAUGUAACCAUUAUUAUGCAUCAUCCAUGUUCCAUAUCAUUAUAGUAUGUUGUGACACAUUGAUCAAGGUUCUCUUAUCCGAGAGCGGCGACAAAUCGAUUCGAUUUAACCUUGCAAGAUGGACCUAACACACACGACACAUAUAUACCCCGUUGGACUAUACGUGGCAACCAUUCCCCUCCCAGCCUUCGAACUUCGGAACUAUCCCACCAACAUAUAAUUAGCCGAGCCCUACGAGAGUCCACCAAAAAUAAAAUACAUAAAAACUCAAUUCUCUGUAGCCACUCGACUUGCCUAAGGGGUGGGUUGGAGUUCCGAACUUUCGAAGCGAAGUGGUGCAUAAGCUUACUGAUUCCGACUACCUCCUACUCCCAGUAUGUGGUUAUUACUAUUCAAACUCGAUCAGCAGGGCAAACAAUGGACGGGACUUAAGUGACACAGACGGGGCUAAGACAUCUACGAAUCAUAUUCUGUUACCAUAUCCUACAUCUCAACAUCAUUCCCGGUCCGGCCUCCAAUUUCAUUCAUCUCAUCUUUAUUCCAGUAACUCAUAUACCAAAAUAUAUAGACAUCCUAUGUCUCGCGAGUAACAGAAAAUUACUCGACUUCUACCAAGUCCUAUUUAAGCAUAGCAGUGCUAACGUUCUACACAUGCUAGUAUUUAGACCAAUGAGGCCUAGAGAUCAUGCAACUAGGGUUUCCAUCAAUAUCUAGAAACCUAAUGCAUAAAUAGGUAAUUAGAUAGUAUUCUAUAAUUAAAAAUAAUAGAUCGUGCUCCGGGCUUUGCCUUCCUGUUGUUCAGGGUUUAACUCAGCAGGGCCUUGGGCCGGGUCCUCAUGAAUGUCCUUCGGGGCUUGUUCCGACUACUCCUGAGGUUCCACAACCAACUCGUAUACAACUUCCUCAGCCACGGGUUCUAUAUCUAUGCACACAAAAUGAUGAGUAAAUCAGGUAUGAUAUAGUUACUGAUAAAGUAUCCUAAUUUUUAAUUUAGUAUAUUUUUUCUCAAAUAUAAACUACUCAUUAACUCACAAAUACACUAGCAUAUGGAUAACCAAUUAAAAUAUCAAAAAAAUUCUUUUGGGUAUGAAAAUUUUACAGUGAACUACACAAGCAUAAAUUAAGCUAAAUUUCAUAAUUUUUGGGCUAACAGAUCUACAGAAACUAAUUAAGCAAGUCUAAGCACAAUUCAAAUUCUGGCAGUGGAAAUAAGGUCAUUACACAAGAAUGAAUAUUUUUCUCUGUAGAUCUUGACCUCACCAAUCAAAUAAAACAAGUUUUGCAUUUUAAAUAUUUUUAUUUGAUUUGUUACGCAUUUUACAAGUUUCAGACAAAAAAAAAAUCAGAAACAUAAGCUAAUGC